UUUAAACACACUCCUCAUUUGAAUUUAGGGAACUUUGGGAAAUUAGUCCCAGAGGAAGUUUGGGCCAUUUCUUCUGAGCUGAAGGGCUGGUUCCCUGCCUGGCCUGAUGGGGUUUGAGAAGGGAGAGAGGCCUCAUUCUCUCCUUACUUAAUUCUGCCCUCUCCCUGUCUCAGGGUUCAUUCAUGUUAUGCCCUUCCACCCCACAUUCCUCUACUCUUGACUUCAGGAAAUGCUGGUCAUUAUCUAUGAGACAAAGGUAAACACAGGAUGUCAAACAGAACAAGCAGGAGACUGAGGUCAGAGUAAGGGAUGUUAAAUAUAUGCCUUGGGUAGGGGUAUGGGGGAGAGGAGAGUUUCAGAGACAGGAGAUGCUGUCAAAAUUUCUGUGCUCCAGUACCUAAGACUAGGAGUUAGCUAGGAUCACCUACUAUGUGUCUAGCACUGCAUAACACGAAGUGUUUUUUGGGUAAGUGGAAAGGAAUGGGAAUAAGCUGUACUUCCCUCCCUCCACCACCCUCAUGAUCCUUUCCAAUUUCACUCCCACCAGUACCAGUGCUUUUUUUGAAUGUAUAAGUUCUGUUUCUUCAGUCUGUAGAUCUUCCAGGCAUCUAUCUACCUUUGGCUUGUGGAAAGUAGGGAAGAAGUUCUAGCAGGUAUAAAUUGCAUAUAACCAUCUCCCCAGCCUAUCUACAUAAAGAGACCAGUAUUCUGUCCUGAAAAUAUUUCCUAGUUUAAGAUAAUCUCCUGUUCCACUAGCCUUUCCUACCUAGUACAGUUGAUCAUGGGCUUGAGGAAGACUAGAAGAAGGCCAAAACUCAGAAAGGCGCCCUGGGCUUGGAUUGCAUGGAUGAGUAUGGGUUUACAAACAGCUGGGUCUGUGAGGCCACAGGGUGGCGCCAGAGUAAGGAUCUCCCUGAGAGAGGCCCAGGAACUACACUUCCCAGGAGGCCUUGUGCAGGCGCCCGAGACGGAGCUAUCGGAGGGGCAGGACCUGCGGACGCUCGCUUGUGAGGCUCUAGUGCAGCGUCGAUGGCUGGCCCAGUAAAGGACCGAGAGGCCUUCCAGAGGCUAAACUUCCUGUACCAGGCCGCCCACUGUGUCCUUGCGCAGGACCCCAAGAACCAGGCGCUGGCGAGGUUUUACUGCCACACGGAGAGGACCAUCGCAAAGCGGCUGGUCUUGCGGCGGGACCCCUCAGUGAAGAGGACCCUCUGUCGUGGCUGCUCUUCCCUUCUUAUCCCUGGCCUCACCUGCACCCAGCGUCAGAGACGAUGCAGGGGACAGCGCUGGACAGUACAGACCUGCCUAACAUGCCAGCGCAGCCAACGUUUCCUCAAUGAUCCUGAUCAUCUGCUCUGGGGAGACCGGCCUGAGGCCCAGCUGGGGAGCCAUGCAGAUCCCAAAUCUCCACAACCCCUGCCAAACACAGCCCACCCCAUUCUAGCCCACCUCUGUGAGGAGAAAGUGCAGCAUGAGAGCUCCAGCCACCAGUGAUGGAUUCAUCUUAUCUUCGAAAUAAAUAAAGUAUAUUGGUGUCUCA